CUGAGCGCGGUGAGUGCUGUGUGGAGUUGUGGUGCUGUGUAAGAUAUUUUGCCGUUGCAGAGAACCAGAUUGAUUUGUCGAACAACAGGUCGUCACUGAAUUGAUAUGGCCGGUGACUCAACGCUGGUUCCAGCAACCGCAGUGCUUCUGUGUCGCUAAAAUUAGCCGGGAAAGGUCGCCCUUUGUUCGCUACUGUGGCAACGCUCCCGUCGGCGGAGAGCGUGUCGACGGAGCUCUAUCAUGUCGACGGAGCGCCUGACGUCCAGUCGGAGAGGGGACAGUGGGAGCGUCGGCACGUCGUCCAUCAACGCUCGGGAUAUCAGUGGAAGCACUAGUCAACUUGUGCAGAGCGUCAACUCCACACCAACAGACUAUGAUUUUGGAGACUGGUUAACAGGUUUGGAGAUGAACGGGCGCAUUUCACCAGCAAGAAGGUUCUUCUGCCUCCUAGUGACGUUUGAUGUGCUAUUGUGCACACUCUUCUGGCUAGUUUGUGUAGUUUUGAGUGGGGAGAAUGUGUUCACGGAACUUAAGGAACAAAUUGUCCACUACUCAGUUGAAACAUCUCUUUUUGAUGUUGUUUCUGCAAGUUUAACUCGAUUUAUGCUUCUUAUACUGAUGUAUGCUGUAAUUAGGAUUGAUCACUGGUGGAUGAUUGCUCUGACCACGGCUGCAACAAGUGUAGGCUGUCUUCUGAAGAUCUUGUAUUUCAAGUGGGAUGCAUCAUCAUCAAACACAUUCCAGGUUACCCUGAUAACCUCCUUCUUCAUAGUUGGCUGGCUGGAAGUGUGGUUGUAUGACCACAGAGUGAUACCUCAGGAAGCAAGGGCCAGGCUUCUUAUCCAAAGAAGAUAUGGUAGUGCAACACAGCAAACUCCACUGGUAGAUCCAGCUCAGCAGCGAGUUAGAGACUACCUUUCAACAUGCACUGGAAGUGUGGCAAAUUUCUACUCUCCAAUGGGUACACCUGAGGGUUCUGAUGAUGAAGAUGAAGAGGGAGGUACUGCUGGCAAACCCCGUGCUGCCCUCACUGAGGAGCUACGGGCACUUAGGCAACAAGCAGAGGAGAACUGUCGCCAGGCUUUAGACCUGCUGAACUCCUCUGACUGGAAGCAGGAAGAGAAUAUUGUCAAUGAUGACUACAUCUUUUCCAGAAGGCAUGCUGGUCACACGCAGUUCAUGUUCACAUGCACAGUCGCCUGCCCGACUGACAUAUUUGCCAAUGAGGUGAUCCACAACUGCAACCACUGCCCUGAGUGGAACAAGUCCAUCACGGUUUGCCGACAGCUGCAGCGCGUGGACGCGCAGUGCGAGGUGCGCUACCAGCAGACGGGCCCUUUCCUCGGCGGUGUCAUCUCCCCCCGCGACUUCGUCAACCUGCGCCUGGCCGGCCGCAAGGGCCUCAUGUUCUUCAGCGCCGUCGUGUCGAUCGACCACCGCGACGACCCGCGCGACUCGCGGCUCGUGCGCGCCGUCAACCGGCCCACCAUCGUGACGGUGCGGCCGUGCGUGCACCGGCCGCGCCACUGCGUCGUCGAGUGGCUCAUGAACUUCGACUGCCGCGUCGGCAUGGUGCCCAAGCGCAUGACCGACCGCGGCACGCGCCAGGCGGCCGUGAACCUGCACUCGUUCCUCUGCGAGCUGGGCACGCGGCUGUCGGCGGCAGAAGUGUGAUGACGCCCACCGGCGCGUCCCGCGCGGGCGUGUGCUCGGGCGCGUAUUCGUGCACUAGCGACAGGCGCCUGUUCACAUUACCAUGUGAUGUGUAUGACGGGUGAGGCUGGGGCAGCGUCGACUUCCCGCCGUCUUGCGGUGCUGGUCGAUGCGUCGCCGUCGCUGUCGUGGUCCGGCUUAUUGGCGAGAACGCCGGAGGACGGUGUCCACUCUGCGCAGUCCCAGGCUGCGGUAAGAAAGGUGUGGUCGAUGGGAGUUUUGAACCGCUGCCCGUAUGAGGGGAACCCGGUUUCCAGUGUUUUGAUGCUGUGAUGGAGAUGCUUUCAGGUAGCUUUUAAUAAUGUUAGCCUGGCCGUAGGACCGCGGGUGUGACGCAUAUACAGCAACAUCCCGCUGGCACCCAAGCAUUGAUCUUAUGUGCUUUGACGUAUUUUUCUUGUACACAUAUUUGUAUGUCCAUCUUCGUUAUAUCAGGUGUCCACAUGAACUGGA